AUGAUCGACGUUAAAGAGACAGAACAUGACUCUCUGGCGUUCCUGGAGGCUGUGCGACAUCUUGUUGAUGACUGGCUUGCGCUUGGACAGGCUCGUGAGGCUUAUCUCAACAUACCCCCGCCAAAACACUACACCGCGUCUCGAAAGCCCAAGUUCAUGCCAUCGGUCUUAAACAAUUUUCAAAAGAGGCUUGUUCAUCAGCUAAUAGAGGUCGAAUACCCGUCUCUAGUGACUAUCAGCAGGCCUGCUUUCAUUCAAGUCAUCGACUAUGACGAAGACCGCGAGAAGGCUACCCGAGAACAGAGGAUGGCUCGGGCUCGAGAGCAAGUCCGGAGACAGAUUGGAUUUAGAUGGAUUAUGGAGGCGUUAUCCGGUGGCGAUCUCUCAGAUAUUGGUCCAUUUUGUUUUGGGGGCAUAAUGAAAAACUCGAGAGCCGUGGAACCACAGGUCUCACUACACGAGUUUUCUGACAAAUUGCAGCAGUGCUUAAAAACCCGCCGGCCUGUGCUGGUAGGACAUAACCUUUUCACGGAUGUGGUAUAUCUUUAUCGUUGCUUUUUCGGUCUACUUCCGGAUAAGUUGGAAGAAUUCCAAGCAAUAGCUCAUGAGAUGUUUCCAAUUUUGAUGGAUACAAAAUACAUGGCUACGCACGAUUGCGGUUCCAUCAUCCCCAAAUCGUCUUUGAGCGAGAUCAACGAUAACCUUCUUCAUAUAAAUACCCCGAACAUACGUAUACAUGAUCAGCAUUCCAAAUAUAACAGCCAGAAAAUCGACCACGAGGCAGGUUAUGACAGCCUGCUUACAGCUCGGAUAUUUAUCAAGCUCUCUGCUCAGCUCCGUGACAGAGGCAUUUCCAAGCUCCUGGAACCGGUAGAAUUGAAAGGUCAGCCGGAUACUACGGGUUCGAACACUACAACCUUGGCUGCCCCAGAAAGCCUGAAGGACACUGCAGAGAAGGAAUCGAAGACGACACUCAAGGCACCGACGAGCACCAAGCUUGGCACGAGAUUUGAUGCGCUUGAUGUUGAAGAGAUUAAAGAUCAAGUUGAAAAUAUGGCGCUCAAAUCGCGUAAAUCUAGCAGAUCCGUCGACAUUACGCGGAAAGUCGCCAAUGGAGAACUAAUACCCCGGCAAGACGCAGAGUUUUGGAAGCUCUACGCAAACACAGUCGGCGAGAUGUCGUCGGGAUCCAAUGGUGCCAGGCGCAUAGCGUCUGUUUUGCGGCCCUCGAUUGCCGACCCCAAAGUGUGCAGAAGCUGUCAAGAGACCCUUGUUCGCCGCAGUUAUUCCUCGGCCGCUGCACAGCCUUCUUCAGAAACUACCUCUACCGCUACAACUACCUUCCCCGUUGUGAAGCCCGUCUACACCAUCAAUGCCGGCGUGGCCCUAUCCCGCCCCCCUCAGAUUACCCGCGACCUCUCACAAUUUGAGAAAGCAUACUAUUUCUACCAGAAGCGACUGAACGAGCGUUUGGCGCUUCCAUUCACCAAAUACUUUUACUUUAAGCGAGGAACGCCAGCGGACGAAGACUGGAAGCGUAAAAUCCGGGAGCGCCAGACGCCCGCGCGUGACAUCGGCAAGUACAAUGCGUACUCGAAGGACGCAUGGAACGAUGAACUUCUUGUGGGAGCCGUCGAGGCCGAACCGGAGCAUCAGGUGGAGAUGCUUGUGCAGGAUGCGGAAGCCACAGUCAAUGCUACCUCCCAAGACACCAGCAAGAAGGAGGAGAUCCCCAGGCCAUUCCCCCGAGUAACGGAGGCGGAUCAGAAGAACGACCAGAGAAGCCUGAACCGGGCCCUUCAGAGGACACUCUAUCUUCUGGUUCAGACUAAGGAGGGAUACUGGAAGCUCCCCAGCUCUCCGGUGGAGCAGGAGGAAACUCUUCGACUGGCUGCUGAACGUACUCUUGCGCAAGCCGCUGGUGUUAACAUGAACACCUGGAUGGUGGGCUUCCACCCCGUUGGCCACCACGUCUACAACUUCAAAAAGCCGAGGGUGGACACGGCCAAUGGCACGGAGCAUCUGGGCGAAAAGACUUUCUUCAUGAAGGCUCGAAUUAUGGCUGGACAGGCUGAUCUGGCCGCCAACACGCAGAAUCUCCAGGACUUCAAGUGGCUGACCAAGGAGGAGAUUGCCCCCUUUGUACUGCCACAGUACUACAGCAACAUCAAAAACAUGUUGGCUGAGCGGUAAAUAGUUGGUUAAGCGGGGUGUACGGCUUGCUAGGUAUUCUGUCUGAGAAUGAUCAGAUCCUGUGCUGGGAUGUGGAAGGAGUGUACUGAUAGAACUGAAGAAACUGAGCGAUUUGAUCCAGUGGGAAGUGCCUAUGCCCGAAAUGGGCCAGAACUGCAUAUAUAUUGUAUGUCAUGU